AAAAGAGAAGAAUAGAUCUAAAAAAAAUGAUUGAAACAGAGAGCGCGUACAUUAUUUUUUAAAAGAAACACCAGUAUGUACAUUAACAAACAUUAUUUAUCUGCUAAAUCCAUUUUAAGAAACAGACGAUCAUUUUGUGAUAUUUUUCCAAAGAGUGAGUCUAAAAUUAUUCGACGGAAAAAGGCUAAAGUCGCAGCUAACCUCAACGCAAAUAAAGUUUUGGAACCCAAUAAAAACAUUUCCAGUGAGUUUAGGGUAAACGAAGUAAAUAUCCAAAUGAUUUCACAGAAUAUAUAUCGACAAUUAUUUAAAAAUACCAACCCUGUCAUUGAUGAAACUAUCGUUAAAAGCUCGCAAGACAAUUUACUCAAACAUGGUAUUAAUUAUAAAGAACACCAACAUUUGCCUGAUGUAGAAUUAAAAUUACCACAACUAGAAGGCAGUGAUGUGAUUGAGCACUUUUAUAACAUUGGUGAGAAACAGAGUGCUCCAUAUAGAGAGAUACUGAAGAAAUUGGCAUCAGGAAAACUACCGCAAAAACCUAGAGAAUGGUCAAAGUCAGCUGGAUGGUGUAAGUAUAUAGGUGACACACCUCAUGAAGUACCUUGCCCACCAGAUGAUGCCCUCGUAUUUGAUGUGGAAGUUUUAAUGUCAGCCGGGAAAAGACCGACGCUAGCAUGCGCGGUGUCUUCUGAAGCCUGGUAUGGGUGGGUUAGCGAACCUCUUGCGAAUGGGGAUAAGCACAAGCAAUAUGAUUCUGUCAAUUAUAAUGACCUGAUACCCCUAGAAACUGAUGACAUGAGUCCAUGUGGGAACCUAGACCGGCCUAGAAUCAUAGUUGGUCACAAUGUAUCUUAUGAUAGGGCCAAGAUCAAAGAACAAUAUUGGUUGCAGAAAACUGGAGUCCGUUUUAUGGACACCAUGUCGAUGCACACAUGUGUUAGUGGAGUUACAAGCUACCAAAGGACAGUAUUGAAGGCCAAAAAUAAGGAAAGCCACCCCAGUGAUGAUGACUGGAUGGAAAUCAGUUCACUUAACAAUCUUAGUGAGGUUCACAAAUUAUAUUGCGGAACAUUAGUAGAUAAAGCCACAAGAGACAUCUUCGUGGAUGGCACUAUGGAAGAUGUUCAUGACAACUUCCAAAAGCUUAUGCAUUAUUGCGCCGGUGACGUCAUAGCCACACAUAAUAUACUGAAGAAUCUUUUACCUUUGUUCUUGGAGCGAUUUCCACAUCCGGUCACGUUGGCAGGAAUGUUAGAAUUAGGUUCAGCAUAUCUUCCUGUCAAUUCUAACUGGUUACAGUACAUAGAUUCCGCCGAAACUGUUUUCGAGGACUUAAAAUUGGAGUCAAGGCAACUGCUUUCACAGAAAGCAGACGAAGCCUGCCGUCUCAUGGAAAACGGCGGUUACAAGAAAGACAUUUGGAUGUGGGAUCAAGAUUGGUCGACGCAAACGCUAAAAUUAAAGAAACAAGGUAGAACCAAAACAAAAAAAGAUGCCAUAGAAAAGACUGAAAAAAUCUCUGGGGCGCCAGAAGUUAAAACCAUUAAAUUUGAUAAGGAACCGACUGUUUUGAACGAGGAAUACAUAGAUUACGUUAAGCACACAAUUAAAGAGUUUGAAAAGAUUGAAAAUGUAGAAGAGCUUAAUGAAAAGUUUAGUUAUCUUUAUGAGCUGGGGGAUUUGCUACCCGUGAAAAGGCCAUAUUUGGCUGGCUACCCAGCAUGGUACAGAAAACUUUGUACUAAACCUGGCAAAGAUCCGGAUUGGAUACCGGGUGCUAAUAAUAUAACGACUAGCAUGCAGAUAACCCCGAAACUACUUCGUCUGUCUUGGGAAGGUUAUCCCCUCCACUAUAUCCAAUCUGAAGGUUGGGGCUUCCUCGUUCCGUUCAGUAGAAUCCAGAAGGAAGCAGAGUAUGAACCUGUGCUUCCUCUAGAACAAUUGCUAUUGGCGUGCCCUAUGACUUUCUGUAAGGAGAGUGAUAUUGAGACUGAUGUCCAUAAGUUACCAAAGACUGUUGAGGAAGAUCUAGGCCGACGUGCUUACUACGCAAGAAAAAAGGUAGAUGAACAAGCGGCGGCGAACCAAUACCACGGCCUUGGAGUAUGGAGCGGUAUUCAGAUACAAGGUUGCUGCCACUUCCUAAGGCUGCCUCACAAAGACGGUCCUAAAUACAAAGUGGGCAAUCCGUUAGCUAAGGAUUUCUUGGACAUGUUCAGUCAAAACGUGUUGACUGCACAGGGGAAUGAAGCAGAGAAGGUUCUCACAUUCGGACGCAUGAUGACUUACUGGCGGAACAACAGGGAGCGCAUCAUGAGUCAACAGGUGGUGUGGUUACCGGAACAAUUGUUACCGGUUCAUCUGAGAAACAGGAUGCGACAGUAUGGAGCCAUCGUGCCCCAAGUUGUUGUGUGCGGUACUCUAACAAGAAGGGCCAGUGAACCCACUUGGAUGACCGCAAGUAAUGCUCACAAGGAAAGAAUUGGCUCAGAACUGCGCGCUAUGGUGCAAGCACCACCCGGAUUUAAAUUUGUAGGAGCCGAUGUUGAUUCACAGGAACUCUGGAUAGCGGCGUUGCUAGGCGAUAGCAGUAUAGGUUUGUGUGGAGGCACAGCAUUCGGUUGGGCCGUGUUGGCCGGUGACAAGUCAAAUCGUACUGAUCUACACUCUCUCACUGCCAGCGCAGCCUCCAUAUCGAGGGACCACGCUAAAGUCAUCAACUACGCGAGGAUAUACGGCGCCGGUCAAAACUUUGCCGAAAGACUUCUGAAGCAGUUCAAUCCCACUAUGUCGAUGUCGGAAGCCAAGAGUAAAGCGGCCAAAAUGUUUACCACGACCAAAGGCAGGAGGGUUUACACCCUAAAAAAAGAGUUAAUGGAGGGUUUCAUAGAUGGAGAUGACGAGGAUCAGGUGGUUGAAAUGGCUGGGUAUCAAGCCAAACGGCUCGCCAAGAUGAGCGGUAAAACCAUCGAUGAAAUGUUCGAGCGACCGAAGUGGGUGGGAGGCACCGAAUCCGAUAUGUUCAACAAAUUGGAGGAAAUAGCUGAAUCCGAUGGUCCCCGCACUGCGUUCCUAAACGGGCGUUUAUCCCGCGCCUUAGAGCACUCUCAGGGCAGGUGGGGCGGCACCCGCCUCAACUGGGCCGUACAGAGCGCCGCCGCUGACUUCCUGCACCUGAUGCUAACCAGCAUGAGGCAUCUGGCGCCCGGGGCCAGAUUUUGCCUGAGUUUUCACGACGAGGUGAGGUAUUUGGUACCCGAUGAACAGAAGUACGAGGCGGCGUUGGCAUUGCAGAUCACCAAUCUCCUAACGAGAGCAUUUUGUUCGCAGAGAGUGGGUAUCAACGAUCUGCCACUAUCAGUUGCAUUCUUCACAUCAGUGGAAGUUGACCAAGUCUUGCGGAAGGAAUCAAAUUUGAGCUGCAAUACCCCCUCAAAUCCGCACGGAAUGGAAAAAGGCUAUGGAAUACCGAACGGGGAAUCUUUGAACAUUUUCGAUGUAUUAAAUAAGUGUAAAUAAAAUUAUCAAUUGUUGUUAUAUUUCGUGUGUACUCAUUGAUUUUACCUUGUGUUGAUUCUGGUGUAGAUUCUUGAUGAAUGCAAUUAAAGCUUAAGUUUGGAUGAAGAAAUAUAAACGGAGAGUAUAUGCUAUCUAAUAGUAAUAAGUUUAAACGAAGAGGUAGGGAAGUGACACCUACUAAAUAAAUCGCAAGUUACAAGAAAAGGCUAUUAUUUUCAAAAACAGUGUUUUGGGAUAUCGCGUUUGACAUUUUAGAAAAGUUAUAGAUUCGGAACUACUACUUCCAAUGUUUAAAAUGAUACCUAGAUUUAAACAUACAUUAUCCUUCUUUGUGCUGAAUAAGUUUAGUUACUGUAUCAAUAGUUGUUUUAAUUUUAAUAACACUUUUAUGAGACUGGGUAAGAUAAUAUAAUCAGAUGAAAUAGCUCAAAUGUUUAAAUUACGACUAUCUUGCUUGACCAAAAUUCAUUGGUCUUGGUCAUGUAACCGUUUUAUAAAUAUGUAUCUUAGCUCGCCUGCUAUGAAGCUUAGAAUCAAGUACCUACCUACCUUUCGUAAAGCUGCACUACAACGAAAGGCACUUUGGACUCGGAAGUCUAUUUUUUCUUCCCUGGUAUUACCACCGUCUACCGCGGUCUCGCGGUGUUUGUGGUUAAACUCCUCC